AUGCUGAAGCGUCCCAGCCGUCAGGAGUCACUCUCCGAUAAGAUCUACAGAUUCAGAGGGACUCUGCUUGUUGUCUCGAUCCCGCUCCUUCUCAUCACGUUUGUUCUUUACAUGAUGCCUUCGAGCUCGAAUUACGAGUCUGCCGGUGAAUACGCUCUUGUUAGCCGGAAAAUUUCACCUGAUAAAAAAUCCGGUGGCUCCUACGCCGUCAUUUUCGACGCCGGUAGCUCUGGCAGCCGCGUUCAUGUUUUCCAUUUCAAUCAUAAUCUAGAUCUCGUUCAUAUUGGGAAAGAUCUCGAGCUUUUCGAGCAGCUUAAACCAGGUUUAAGUGCGUAUGCUAAGAAUCCGAAGCAAGCAGCGGAAUCUCUGAUUUCGCUCUUAGACAAAGCUGAGAGUGUUGUUCCUCGGGAAUUGAGAUCGAAGACACCAGUUCGAGUUGGGGCAACUGCAGGUUUGAGAUCUUUGGAAGGGGAUGCAUCUGAAAAGAUAUUGCAAGCGGUAAGGGAUUUGCUUAAGCACAGAAGCACGUUGAAAUCUGAUGCUGAUGCGGUUACAGUGCUGGAUGGAAACCAAGAAGGUGCUUUUCAAUGGGUCACCAUUAACUAUCUAUUGGGAAACUUGGGAAAAGAUUAUUCCAAGACUGUUGGGGUAGUUGAUCUUGGAGGUGGAUCUGUUCAAAUGGCAUAUGCCAUCUCUGAGUCUGAUGCUGCCAUGGCUCCAAAAGUAAAGGAUGGAGAUGAUCCAUAUGUCAAGGAGAUGUUCCUGAGGGGAAGAAAAUAUUACCUCUAUGUUCACAGUUACUUGCGCUAUGGUUUACUAGCUGCUCGUGCAGAGAUUUUAAAGGUUUCCGGUGAUGCUGAAAACCCGUGUAUCUUAUCUGGCUAUGAUGGAUCUUACAACUAUGGAGGAAAGAAAUAUAAGGCAUCGUCCUCUGGAGCAAGCUUAAAUGAAUGCAAAAGCGUCGCUCUCAAGGCUCUCAAAGUCAACGAGUCAUCGUGUACACAUAUGAAGUGCACUUUUGGCGGGAUAUGGAAUGGUGGAGGUGGGGAUGGACAGAAAAACCUCUUUGUUGCCUCAUUUUUCUUUGACCGGGCUGCUGAGGCUGGUUUUGCUGAUCCAAACAAACCAGUUGCAAUAGUUCAUCCUAUGGAUUUUGAAGAAGCUGCCAAGCAGGCUUGUCAAACGAAAUUCAAGAAUGCCAAAUCCACUUAUCCACGAGUGGAAGAGGGGAACCUUCCAUAUCUUUGCAUGGAUCUUGUUUAUCAGUAUACAUUGCUUGUUGAUGGGUUUGGCAUAUACCCCUGGCAAGAGAUUACAUUGGUAAAGAAAGUUAAAUACAAAGAUGCCCUUGUUGAGGCAGCUUGGCCGCUAGGAAGUGCCAUUGAAGCUGUAUCGGCUACAUAA